GUAAAAAUUAUCAGUUUCACUUUUCGUCUUCUUGAUGAGCAGUAAAUCUGGAGACAAGGUGCAAAGGGAAGAUAAAAAUAUCUCAAAGUACGAGACUGGAGUCAGUUCGGCAGAAAAAAUCUACCGAAGAAGGGGAGGACAAGGCUGCAGGUCUUACCAUUGGAAGAAUUGGAGAUUCCGAUUGUUUUGGCCAGAAGAUGAGUGGAAGAACUCCACCUUUGAGACUGAAGGAGUGGCUCAUACUUCAGAUAGACAGUGGCAAUUAUCCUGGUCUCCGGUGGGAAAAUCAGGAGAAAACAAUGUUCAGAAUUCCAUGGAAGCAUGCCUCCAAACAUAACUACAAGGAGGAAGAAGAUGCUGCCUUAUUCAGGGCCUGGGCUGUUCAUAAGGGAAAGUUUCAAGAUGGAUCCAUCAAGGAGGACCCUUCAGUUUGGAAGACAAGACUCCGGUGUGCUCUUAACAAAAGUCCAGACUUUAAGGAGGUCAUGGAGAGCUGUCAAGACAUUGGUGAACCCUACAAACUAUAUAGCAUUGUGUCUGAACCUAAAGAGAAAACCUAUGAGGGGUCCAAAGAAGCAACCAAGAACCGGCAGAAAGAAGUACCACCUAGGAAAACCAUGGUAAAAGUAGAAAAUCAGCUGAAAAGUCCAAGCAGCCCAUUGGAAGGAGGGAUUUUUUCUUCACCAAUCAUCUUAAGGACCCAAAACGUUGAUCAUAAAGGUGCUGAUAUUUCAGAGAAAACCAUUAUCCUCCCACCAUCAUCUUCUUCAUCAUCAGAUUACUGGCUGCACGUCCGCUUGUACUACCAGGGCAAGCUGGUGACUGAAGUCACCACACAGACAGCUGAGGGGUGCCGAAUUAUUCCUCUCUCAUCAUCUGAACAAGAAUACAACCUGAGUUCGCCGCACCCUUUAGAGGAUAUCCCUUUGCCUCCUCCCCAGAAGCUGUCUGGCAUUCUGUCCCUAGAGAAGCAGAUGGUUGUCAAUAAAUUAUUGUUGCACCUGGAUAAAGGGGUGUUGCUUUGGGUGGCACCUGAAGGGGUCUUCAUAAAGCGUCAAUGUCAAGUACGUGUCUACUGGAGUGGCCCACUGGCUCCAAACAAUGACCAACCCAAUAAGCUUGAGAGAGAGAAGACCUGUAAGGUGUUGGACACGGAACGCUUCUUGCAUGAGCUUGAAAUGUACGUCAUGAACAAAGGUCCUGAACCCCAGUAUCAGAUCCAACUCUGCUUUGGAGAGGAAUAUCCAGAGUCGACACUGGAGUCGACACUGAGUUCCAGAAAGUUAAUAACAGCGAAUGUGGAGCCGGUGUUUGCCAGAGAACUGCUUAUAAAUGCAAAGACAAAACUGAGGAAGAACGCCCCAGCCAUCUAGUUGCUUCCCCCCCGAACCUUCGUAGGAUAAAUCCUCCUGAUUAAAUCUGCAUUUUAAUCUCAACCUUCCCAUUUCUUACUUCUAUCUGAGGGCUCAUGCACACAAAUGUAUUUUUGGUCCGCAUCCGAGCCGCA